UUGGCUGCUCUCCCAUCGGGCGCGUCCCCGGCUGGCGGAUAGGGGAUCUCCCUCACCAGACUUGUCUGGCGGGUACUGGGGAAAUAAAAUACUCAGCGCGGACCAAAAGCAAGCACAAAAAAUCCAGGCAGCGUCUGUACUCGGAGCGAGCGGCUGUCUGGUCAGCGUCUGUCCCACAUUGGGCGGCUGUUUUUCCGGAAGAUGUGAGUAGGAGAGAGAAGGAAAGAAGGGAGAUAAUUUUGAACAUGCAAGCACAACAAAAAAAAGAUACUACCCCAGGCGGGUUCCGGCGCUGAUACUAGUGCCGGGGAAUCCCGCCCCCUGACGGUUUCGGCCGACAGGGGCUGCCCCUCGUAUUCUGGGGAGGGCAACGUUUUGCUUAAGUGGGACAAACCAUUUGCAAGGUCUGGCCUGCUACAACGCACGCCACCUAAAACAACGACACAGGCACGGACAUGGACUGAUACAGAACAAACGGAAACGGAGGACGGAAUAUCUACAGGAGAUGAAGGGGCGCAAUGCAGACGGCCACCCUACGUAAGCCCCCUGACAUUUUUCUCACCCAUGGCAAGCACGCCGAAGAAUAGAGAUGGGAAAAGGAAAAAGUCACCAAAGGGUAAUAAGGAGACAGAAAGUCUAGAAGAAAAGGAAGACCGACUUUUGGGUGAACUGUUCGGCAACAUCGUAGCUGUAAACUCCCUUGUGGACAGACAAGGGCCAUACAAGAAUACAGCCAACGAGAUCAAGACAAGACUGCGAGAAUUGCAAAAGCUGUGUGGACGGGUCAUGGAUGUCAGAAGAAUGAGAGUAGAAGAAAAAGGCGAAGAGACGGAGAGAACCCCAAAAAGGGCAAAGAGAGGUGCAGUGGUGGUAGAAGAAAAGGGUACAAAUACAUCGACCGGAGGCGAGAUGGAAGGAUUAGAAUGGGAUGAUGAUCUGGGUACGGAAACUGAUUGGAAGAAAGUACAAUCGAAAGGGAAACGACGACGACAAAAAGAGAGACAGAAAGAAAUAGGAAGACACCCUGUGGGGAUAAAUCGGGAGCAGGAUAAGGAAAAAGAGAAUGAGUUCAGGAAAGAUAUACCGACAAAGACAGGGAGAAAUCUGGUAGAGGAAAAUGCCCUUAAUCAGAAAACUAAGAAGAAAGGAACAAAUAAGGUGGGGAAAAAGCCAACGGGUAGAAAGCCGUCCGCAAAGCCCGAAGCACUGCUAAUCGAGAUAAAAGAUCGUGACUAUGCCAGUGUACUUAAAGAGGUGAAGUCGGGACUAGCAAGUGAAGAUGUAGUAUUCUCUAAGGUAAGAAAGACCAGAAAGGGUGAUAUACUGCUUGAGCUAGAGAAAGCUCAAGAUGGAAGCGCUUUGCAAAUAAAAGAGAAGGUGGGGGAACUGUGCCCAAAUUUAACCCUUAGAGCAUUAAAGGAGUCUGCAGAUGUUAUAAUUAGGGGACUAGAUGUCACAGUGGAAAAAGAAGAAGUGGAAGAGUCAUUAAAACAAAAGGUGAAAGAGUUCCACAUAAAGAGUUUUUGGGAGAACCGAUACGGUAGUAAGACAGCCCUGGUCGAGCUCCCGAAGGAGGAAGCUCAAAAACUGGCAGACCAGAAAAAGAUAAAGAUAGGAUGGAUGAGAGUUCCAAUCAGACUCUCAGUAGAAAGGAAAAGAUGCUACAGGUGCCUCGAAUACGGGCAUAUUUCAGUGGGGUGCCCAGGCCAGGACCGAAGUAAAAAGUGUUACAACUGUGGCAAUGAGGGACAUAAGGCCACAAACUGUGAGAGGGAAACGGCAUGCGCUAUCUGUCUGGAUAAAGGCCAUAGUAACACAAGACAUCGAAUGGGCUCUAAAAGUUGCCCGUCUUGGAAAGAAAAGGUGCCCGGCGGAAGGAUCAAAGAGUCAAAAAACGGGGUUUAGGAGCAGGAAAUGGUGCAAUAGGCUCGCAAAUAAAGGUCCUGCAAAUAAACCUGGAUAGAACGCGAGCUGCCCACGACCUGCUCGAAGUGACGGCAAAAGAAAAUGAUAUAGACUUAGCUAUCGUGGCGGAGCCAAACAGGAAAGUAGUGCAAGUAUGUGAAUGGGUUACAGACCAUAGAGGGGAUGCAACUGUAAUUAUUUAUAAUAAACGCGCCCAGGUUAAAAUAGUGGCUCAAGGAAACGGUUUUGUGGCGGUAGCAAUUUCUGGGCUCACGAUUUUUAGUUGCUACUUUUCGCCGAACCAUAGUUUUGAGGACUUUGAGCGAGACCUAGACGAGCUUUUUGAAAGUAUCAAGUUGCAGCGUGGAGACAUUUUGGUAGCUGGGGACUUCAAUGCAGCGUCAAAAGUCUGGUCCAACAAAACUGAGAAUGCCAGAGGUCGUCUAAUCAUGGAAAUGCUCGCGAGUAUGGACAUGGUUAUAAUGAACGAAGGAGUCGCCCCAACGUUUCAAAGAGGUGAAAAAAACUCCACCCCAGACAUUACAUUUGCCAACGCAAGUCUGGCACAGAGAGUUACUGAGUGGCAAGUCCUGGAGGAAGAUAGCUUGAGUGGACACCGGUAUAUAAAGUUUAAUAUACUUCAACAUGAAAGGAAGUUACCAAUUGAUACACAGGUAGGAUGGAGAUUAGAUAAGCUUGACCAUAAGGUCCUAGAAUGUGUCCUUAAAGAAAGUGUGAUUGGCUCUCCAGAAGAAUUGGUGAUGGAGACCACAAAAGCCUGCGAUAGGGCGAUGCCCAAAAAAGGAGUAUACAGAAGAGCACCAGUGUAUUGGUGGAAUAAAUUAAUUGCCGCGAAAAGAUCUCAUUGUACAAGAUGUCGCAGAGACUACACACGUGAGAGAAGGAAAAGGGGUAGGGAAAACUCAACCAGAGAUGAGAGCAAAGAAGAAGAAAUACAGGAGCUAAGAGAGAAAUAUAGGGUAGCGAAACAGGACUUGCAAAUAGCUAUCACGAAGUCAAAGGCAGGAAAAUGGAAAGAGCUCUGUGAGGAAGUGGACCAGGAUACUUGGGGACUGGGAUAUAGGAUUGUCACCAAAAGAUUACGGCAAAGUCCGCCCAGCUUAGAAAUGGACUUAAUUAGAACCGUGGUCAAAGUAUU